AUGAAUCGACAAUCGACCAUUCUUUUCGUUUUCUUCUUUAUACUUUCUGUUUUCUCGUUGGUUGCAGGCGCUAAUAAUGAAGAUAUCCUAAUCCGAAAGGUGGAAUGGGAUGGAGAGGAAUACCGCCUCCAGCACGAUUUCAACGUCUUCAAGCACAAGUUUAACAAAACAUACGCCUCCCCACAAGAAGAGGCUUUCAGGUUUUCCGUUUUCAAAGCCAACAUGCGCCAAGCAAUGCAGAGGAACAAGAAUCUUGAUGAUCCGUCAGUGGCUGUUUAUGGGUUUACUAAGUUUUCUGAUAUGACGGCAGCGGAACUCAAGGAGCAGCUAGGAUUGAAGAUUUGA